AUGAUUCAGCGAAAUAUCUGGGAAAACAUCUUGACUCACGACUUCACUGGAACAUCGUGUACGCCAGAAAAAGUUGCAAAACAAACAAAAAAUGCACAAACUGUUGUGGCUAGCUGGUUGACACUCCGAGCUAGUCUUAACCAGCAAACGUCUCCUGUAUGUAUCGAUUGUUAAACCGAUUAGGAUUUAUGGUAUUCCACUGUGGAGUUGUGCCAGUAAGUCCAAUAUCGAAAUAAUACAACGAUGCCAGAUGAUCGCUUUUUGUACCAUUUCCGCAGCAUAUCGGUAUGAUAAGAACGAUAUAAUUCACCAUGAUUUGAAAAUGUCAUCCGCACAGGAUAAAAUUACCCGGUUUGCUGGCAAGCAUGCAAGAAAACUGGAGCUCCACAAAAAUGCGACUGCCAAACAGCUCCUCGACUACUCGAAGGAUAUCAGACGACUCAAACGACUGAAGCUAUUUGACUUAGUCUAA